CCGCGCUUCCAGACCCCGCUCCCGCGGGCCAUGGCCCAGAAGCCAAAGGUAGACCCCCAGGUCGGACGGCUGGGCUACCUGCAGGCCCUCGUCACGGAAUUCCAGCAGACCGAGAGCCCAGGUGAGCGCGGAGGGAUGGGGGCUGGUUCCAGGGCCGCCGGGACGGGCUUCCCACGCCACUGUCCCCUCGCAGACGCCAAGGAGCAAGUCCUGGCCAACCUCGCCAACUUCGCCUAUGACCCAAGCAACUACCAGUAUCUGCGGCCGCUGCGGGUCCUGGACCUGUUCCUGGAUUGCCUGUCGGAGGAGAACGAGACCCUGGUGGAGUUUGCCAUCGGUGGCCUGUGCAACCUGUGCGCGGACAGAGCCAACCGGGAGCAUGUCCUGCAGAUGGGGGGCCUCCCGCUCAUCAUCAACUGCCUGUCCAGCCCUCGAGAGGAGACCGUGCUGUCUGCUGUCACCACCCUCAUCUACCUGAGCCCGCCGGGCCCCGGCCGCCACCCCGAGCUGACCGCCCAGCCCGUGGUCCAGUGCCUGCUGCGCUUCUCCCUCUCGAGCAGCACUCGGCUCCGCAACCUGGCCCAGGUCUUCCUGGAAGACGUGUGCUCCCCCCGCCAGGUGGCCGAGGCCCGCCAUGCAGGGGCGCACUCUGCCCUGGGCAUCCCACUGCCCAAGGACUGAUGUUCCAGGGCCCAAACCCUGGUGGGACUCAGGAAGGGGGUCAACAUGGCCUCCCAGACCACCGGCGCCAGCCUGACCACAGCUCAGGUGAACAGGACAGGUGUUCCCUGUGAUGAAGAGGAAGAGACAGAGGAAGGCCACCACCGAGUGGUGCCAUUUCAUGGGCUAGCACUCAUGCCACCCCACCCCCUGCAGGGGUAGUAUCUAUCACCUCUUGUGCGUGUAAGAACCAGGUGGCGCCAAGGGCUCUACUGGAGUAAACCGGACGUCACC